AUGAUGGACAAAACCGAUGAAGAAUGUUAUGGCCUGAGAAACAUAAUGGACCCUGUCAUCAAAACCAUACAAAAUCUGGCGGGAUUCAGUCGAUUCGUGGAUUUAGCGAUGCAAUGCGUGGAAGAAUCGGCAGCAGAUCGUCCAACCAUGGGAGAAGUAGUCAAGGCAAUCGAGACGAUUCUGCAGAACGAUGGCCUAAACACGAACUCAACUUCGGCAACCUCAUCCGCCACGGAUUUUGGAAUCCCAAAUGGUGGUGGAAAAAGCCUCUACGAUUCAAUGCCUAGGAAAGAUGUUAAUAAUGAAAGCGACCAUGCUUUCGACUACAGUGGUGGAUACACAUAUUCUGCAAAAGUGGAACCCAAGUAG